AUGGACAACAACCAUAUUUUCAGCCAUUCUGGGCCUGAAAAUCUGACAACUGUUGACUGGACAAACCCACAUCGCAGAAGAUGUUUCAUUGCCAGCUUGGUUGAGGGAGUGUACCGUCUAGAACACGAUCGCCUGGGGAACCGCCAUCGCCGCCAUGGACCUGAUCAAGCUCAUCUUGCUCCACCACCCUGGAGAUGGUGGGACUUCUUCCAUGAACCUCAAGCUCAUCGUGUUCUCACAAAUCCUGACGGCUCCAUAUUCGGUGCCAUUUAUGAGUACAAGUAUCCACCUUCUUUCCCAAACCCAAACAUACCAAGAUAUGUCAUUGCCUUUCGGGGGGUAAUGAGGAAACUACCCACGAUAUUACCGGAACUCUUGUCAGUAGUCCGGUGCAUGCUUAACGAACUUAAACGGAGCUCCCGCUUUCAUCGUGCAAUGGACGCUGUUCAGCGGAUGGUUGAUAUUGCCGGAGCUGGAAAUGUGUGGCUGGCCGGACAUUCUCUGGGGUCAGCACUUGCAUUGCUUGUGGGAAAGAAAAUGGUGAUGGAGAAGGGUGUUCUUCUUGAAACAUAUCUUUUUAAUCCACCAUUCAUAGGUCUCCCCAUAGAGCUGAUCAUCAAAGAUGAGAAACUGAAGCGAGUGGUCCGCACUGGAUUCGCCUUCGGCAAGGCAGGACUCGCCCGUGUUGUAGGGGGCCAUCGCCAGCAUUCUCACGAGGCUUUUGCUGAGUUAUCUGACUGGUCUCCUCACCUAUUCGUGAACCAAGGUGAUCCAAUUUGUGCAGAGUAUAUCGGUUACUUUGGAAAUAGGAAGUUUAUGAAGCAGAUUGGGGCUGAAAAUAUUGAGAACACUGCAGGAAUGAGUUCCAUUACGAGUCUAGUCUCAAGUGCUGUGGCCGGAGGUGAUUCAGAAGCGUCCCACCUUCUUCCCUCUGCAUUUCUAACGGUUAAUAAGGGUUCAACGCCGGAUAACUUCGAGGGAGCUCAUGCAAUUGAUCAGUGGUGGGAUCCUAAUUGUAGGUGUGAACCCGUGCUGUAUAAUAAGUAUCAGAAUCACAUCCAUCCAAUGGCGCCGUAUUUGCCCAAUAAUUUCAUUGACACUCAAUGCAUGCCGUAUCAGAAUCACCUCCAUCCAACAGUGCAGGAUUGGCCGAAUAAUUUCACUAACCCUCCAGGCAUGCUGUAUCAAAAUUGCCUCUCAGUGCAGUAUUGGCCAAAUAAUUUCACCAACCCUCCAGGCAUGCUGUAUCAGUAUCAACCACCCUAUUAA